AUGGGCAAAAGCAGGAGGAAUCUCCGCGCGCAAGAUCCUCUCGCUACCAGCCCCGAGGCUACGAACUAUCCUUCAUCGGAAGACAGCGACGCUUCGGAAGCCCAGAGCCCUAGCAGAGAGGAUACCAGCUUGAUACCUGAGAAGAUGGCGGUUACGACCAAAUCUGAAAAAGAGCGGCCGCAACAGGCUCUCUCCGACUUCGAGAAGAAAAGACAGACCUUUAUCACACGAACAAUAUGGACAUUUGUCAUGAUUGCCGGCUUCUUUGUUAUCAUCUUUGCCGGCCAUCUUUACCUAAUCAUCGUUGUUACCGCCGUCCAGAUUGUGUCCUUCAAGGAGGUCAUUGCGAUAGCCGAUGUCCCCAGCAAAGCCAGGAACCUCAAGUUCACAAAGUCCCUGAACUGGUAUUUCCUUGUGACAACAAUGUAUUUCUUAUAUGGAGAGAGUGUUCUCUAUUACUUCAAGCACAUCCUACUUGUUGAUAGGAUUCUUCUCCCUUUUGCCACGCAUCAUCGGUUUAUUAGCUUUAUGCUCUAUCUCAUAGGCUUCGUCUUCUUUGUUGCAACUCUGCAGAAAGGGCACUACAAGUUCCAGUUUACACAGUUUGCCUGGACACACAUGGCCCUAUAUCUCAUUGUGGUUCAGGCACACUUUGUAUUGAACAAUAUCUUCGAAGGGCUGAUCUGGUUCUGUAUCCCAGUCUCCCUUGUGAUCACAAACGAUAUCUUCGCCUACAUCUGUGGAAUCACUUUUGGCCGAACACAGUUGAUUAAGCUAUCCCCAAAGAAAACCGUCGAGGGCUUCGUCGGCGCCUGGAUCUGUACUGUUAUAUUCGGUUACGGUGCGACUAUAGUCCUAAAGCAGUAUAAAUACUUCACAUGCCCGGUCAACGACUUGGGCUCCAACCUCCUAACAGGCCUUGAGUGCACCCCAAAUCCUUGCUUCCGAGCACAGCCAUAUACCAUGCCGGAAUGGACUCACAUUAACAAAACAUUCCAUAUUGCCCCAGUGCAAUUCCAUGUUUUCGUCCUUUCGACAUUUGCGUCCCUUAUCGCUCCAUUCGGCGGCUUUUUCGCCUCAGGGUUGAAGCGUACUUUCAAAAUCAAAGACUUUGGAGAGUCUAUUCCUGGCCACGGUGGUAUUACUGACCGAAUGGACUGCCAAUUCAUCAUGGGUCUGUUUGCCUACAUGUAUUACCACAGUUUUAUCGCCGUCCACAAGGCUAGUGUUGGAGGAGUCAUCGAAAACGCCAUCACUGGUUUAACGGUUGACGAACAAAUAGAGCUUAUCAAGGGUUUGAGCAAGUACUUAUACAACCAAGGUGUUGUCUCUGAAUCAGUGAGUUUUCUGCUUUCCCUAUAG